AUGAGGAUACCGCCGCAGAGAGCAUCUCUCGGCCAUGGCUCCCGGCUCAUGCACGGCUUGGUGACGAGCCGUCGGCCACGGCGGUCAUUCCACCUCACCACCCCGGCCAGCUUGCCAAGAAAGCGCAGCUUCUUCACGUCGAAUCCAUUCCUUUCCAAUCCCUCAAACGACUCUCAUUCCACCCCGAGCUCGGAAUCCCCGAGACAGGAGCAUUCGGUGGCCGUCUCGGCCUCGACGAGACGGAAGCCGACGCGAGCGACGACGGCCAAAGGCUCGCUCCGUCGCGUGGCCAUCAUCGCGCAGCAGCCGAAGCGCGGCGCCGACGGCAAGGCAGCCGGUGAGUCUGUCGGCGAGGCUCAAGUCGACUCCUCGACGACGAUAAGCGCCACUUGCAUCGCCGAAUCGUUCAACAUGCCGCUGGUCCUCGAGAUUCUACAGUCGCACGGCUUCGCCAUCGAUCCCGACUCGACCGGCUUCGACGCGGCCGAGGUGGUGCACGCGAAGGGCGUCAACGGCGGCGACAUCUUUGUCUUCCCCUCCGGUACCGUCGUCACCUGGUCGCUACCGCCCGACGUGGUGACGAAGCAGAUACUGCGUGCCGCCGAGGACCCCCACCCGCCGGCGCUCCGGGAGGUGGAAGACUUGGAUUUCGCCACCGACACAUCCAAGGCCGAGAGCACGAUGAAGGGUGACGUCGUCGUCCUCGGCACGCGCCGGGAAGACAAGGACGGCGACACGAGGGACACGACCCUGGCCAAAAUUGCCUUCUCCUCCGGCCUCGCCCGCAGCACGAAGCUGGCGGUCCUCGAGAGCGCUCUGACGUCGUACUUUGAAAGCACCCGCAACAUCCCCGCGCUGCUCUCCCAGGGCGCCGGCGUGCCCCUCGGCCGCAGGUUCAUCCUCCAGAAGACGGGGGAGCUGCUCAGCCUUCGGGCACGGCUCAACCACUACUCGGAGCUGACCGAUUCGCUGCCCGACAUCUUCUGGGACAGCCGGUCGGAGCUCGGGCUCGAGGGGUACUACGACCAGGUCGGCCGCGCACUCGACGUCAACGUGCGCAUCCGCACCCUCAACCAGAAGAUGGACUACGCCCAGGAGAUCGCCACGGUGCUGCGCGAGAUGUCGAGCGAGCAGCACGGCACGCGGCUCGAGCUCAUCAUCAUCCUUUUGAUCGCCGUCGAGGUCGUCUUUGAGCUGCGCAGGAUCGUGCUCGAGUGGAUGCAGGAGAGGGAGAUGGCCAAGACGACCGAAGCAGCCGAGGAGCCGACAGGCCAGCCCGCGUCCUCGUAG